GCGAGGUGAAAGUGGAAAGGCUUGAGGAGGAAAGGCGCGGGACGCUGAGUGAGGGAACCCUGGAAGAACACCUUGGUCCCGCGGGGACUUAAGAUGUCUUCGUCUGCCAGGCUUCGCAGAAGACAAUAUGGAAGAUCUUCGGUAGCUAAAAGCAGCAAGCCAUAUAAACCUUUUCCGCCGACUUCUUAUUCUCCCCAAGAGGGCUACUUAAAGGAGGGUGAAGACAUGCUAAGCGUUGAAGAAUUACGGCGGAAUGUGGCUGAUUAUUCAAAAAGGCACGAAGAGAACCACGAGCGGCCCCAGUCCACUCAGUUCGGUGAUGCCGGUGGCAGGGACACUCAGAAAGAACGGCUUUUCCAGCACUUUUAUCAAAUGAUUCAGAAAGAACGUGAUCGAGAGAGGCCUUCAGACUGUGUUAUUGUUUCUAUCAACAACGAGCAAAGGGAAUAUGCAACAGGCAUAGGUCAUCGGUUACAGGAUCACGGCCUUGUGGUGGAAAUGAUUCACCUCUCUUCCGAGUCAAGUCUUACAAGAGCGCUCCAUGAAGUUAAGGAUGAUAGGUCGCCAUUUUGCAUUCUUGUUGAACAGUCUAAUGUAAAACUUUCUUCUUGCACUGUAAUUAUACUUCAUGAGUCUAUCAAAAUACAUCGUCAUAUGCCCCUGGAAGAUGCCCUGGAUCUGGUGGCUAAAGAAUACAGGAGAUUUUUCUCGAAACGGGAGCAGCAGGAACGUGCUGGAAUUGCUUUGCAGGCUGGAGAUCUGGCAGAUGACUUCUUGGCCCGGGAGCAACUGACCAGCUACUCCGUCCCUUUGGGCAUUCAGCACCUCCUCUUCCUGUUGAGUGAGGGCAUGCAUUUGUACAGGAAUGAGUUGAAUCUGCUCAUCGACUACCUGAAGACCAGGAAAGGGCACCUGGAAGGCUAUGAGACACUUGAGUCUUCAGCUACCAGUGAUCAUUCCUCAUUUCCAGGAAGGAGUACCUCUGUUGUGGGCAAGCUGCCUCCACUUCUUCCAACCCCCGGAAAGUCCUCCUUCUCGGGCCCUCAUCCCCCACUUCCUGCCAAGUCCCCAUUGUUAGGGGACAGACCGGGAGGGGGUCUCCUUCCACCACCAGGACUGGGCAAUCCCAAAGGUCUGUUUGCCCUUCCCCUGCUCCCAGCAGCCCCCUCCAAGAGACCUGCUCCUUUGGGAUGCCCCCGCCCCAAGCGUGCCAAGCCUCCGCUGCUUGGGGAGAAACCAGGCCUUUUAGUACCACCUCCAGCUCUUCAGUCAGUGCUGCACAAGCAGACGGCGCAGCACCCAUCUCUGCUGAAAUAAAGAAAGCUCCCGGAGCCAGGAGAACAGAGUGGCUGCUGCCCAGACGGCGGCUUCACCCUCCUUCCAGGACUGAGGCCCCUGUCUGAUCCCACGGCUCUGGUGUCUGGGCCGUGGGUGUGAAUGUGCUUCCCUUCUGCCCAGUAACGUGGCCCCGUGGAAACAUGUUUCCUGUUUGGAGUGUCUGUGCCAAGGUAGAGAUGUGUGGAAGGUCAUUGUUGCAGAAAUUGGAUCUUGACGUUGUUAAUUAUAUACAUACUAAAAUAAAAUAAAAACUUUUCGCUUUUA